AUGGGAAAAGAUUUCGCUGACUGCGAUACACGAGACCAACAGGCAGUCCGCGAAGUGAGAAAGAUUGUCAUUGAUAUCUGUCGUCAAAACGGAGGUGGUCAUGGAGGAUCUGCGAUAGGAAUGGCACCCAUGGCUGUCGCUCUUUGGAAGCACACGAUGCGAUACAACCCUUUGAAUGCCGAGUGGUUCGACCGCGACAGGUUCGUCCUCUCCAACGGCCACGCCGCCAUGCUCCUCUACACCAUGCUCCACGUCUCUGGUUACCCGCACAUGACAGCCGGCGAGCUUCGACUCUACGGCGACGCCAAAGCUGUCGAUAGAGAGACUGGUAGCUGGAAGGGCACCCUCUGUCACGGCCACCCGGAGAUCGACGUGCCUGGCGUCGAAGUCACCACAGGCCCUCUGGGUCAAGGUGUCGCCAAUGCCGUAGGUCUGGCCAUCGCUUCCAAGAACUUGGCCUCGACCUUCAAUCAGCCAGAUGUUAGUGUCAUCAACUCCCGCAUCUAUUGUGUCACUGGAGACGGCUGCAUACAAGAGGGGGUCGCAAACGAGGCCAUGGCCAUUGCUGGUCAUCUCGCUCUGGAUAACCUGACCUUGCUCUACGACAACAAUCAAGUCACUUGUGACGGGCCUCUUGAUUGGAUAGUAUCAGAGGAUACGAAUGCCAAGAUGCGAGCGAUCGGCUGGCACGUCAUCGAUGUCCACGAUGGAGACCACUCCGUGAGCGGCAUUGCAGAUGCUCUGGCUGCUGCAAAAUCCUUGAAGGGCAGGCCAACAUUCAUCAACAUCCGCACCACCAUUGGUUAUGGAACAGCAACAGCUGGCACCUUCAAGUCUCAUCAUGGCACAUACUCUGACCAUGAUGCCGCACUUUAUGCCUCUGAUCAUGCUUCCACCCAUACUCUCACAGAGGAGUCCAGAACCUACUGGAAGGAGGCGAUGACGAGGGGCAAAGAGCUCGAGAAUGCCUGGUCUGAGAAUAUGAAGAGAUACACUUCCUCAUACCCAGAGCUCGCGACCGCGCUGAGGCUCCGCGUGCGAGGCGACUACGACGUGCAUGAGUUGCUGAGAACUUUCAAGAAGCCCGACGAUAUCCAAGCAACACGUCAAUUCAACGGCUUCUUAUUCAACGAGCUGAUGUCGAAGGUGCCUUCUAUGAUUGCGGGAGGCGCCGAUCUGUGGAACUCUAAUCAGAUGGGAGAUCAAUCGCACCGUAUCUUUGACCGAGACCAUUUGGAUGGCCGAGUUAUCCGGUACGGCAUCCGCGAACAUGCGAUGACCUCCAUCUCUAAUGGACUCGCCGCAUAUGCCCCGGGUUGCUUCUUGCCAGUCACGGCGACAUUCUUCAUGUUCUACCUCUACGGAGCUGCGGGCGUGCGGAUGGGCGCUCUCAGCAAUCUCAAAGUCAUUCACAUCGCUACUCACGACUGCAUCGGGGAGGGACAGAAUGGACCUACCCAUCAACCUGUAGAACUGGAUUCAUUGUUCCGGGCAAUGCCCAACAUCCAGUACAUACGACCAGGAGAUAGUGAGGAGGUCAUCGGUGCGUGGAUCGCUGCAUUGGAUGCAAACGGCAGACCCAGUAUGCUCUCUCUCGCUCGAGACCCCGCACUAUCCCUCGUGCCAAAUACGGACAGGCAGAAAGUGUUGAAAGGCGGGUAUGUCAUCGUUGAGAAAGAAGCAGCCGACGUGACUCUUGUCUCUUGCGGAUCGGAGUUGCAAUUUGCCGUCGAGGCCUCGAAGCGUUUGGACGCUGCUGGCGUGCUUACGAGAGUGGUGAGCAUGCCCUGUAUAAGUCUUUUUGAAGAGCAAUCGCAGCAGUAUCAAGUAUCUGUGCUCUCGGACUCAGCGCACAUCAUCUCGGUCGAGUCGUAUAUUGCGACAACGUGGGCAAGGUUUUGUACGGCAUCAGUAGCCAUGAAUUCCUUUGGGUACUCCGGUUCUGGUCUCGAAAACUUUGCUAGAUUUGGCAUUGAUACAGACGGAAUUGUUCGUAAAGUGAUGGACCAUGUCCAAAAUACGCCUCGGGAUGUUCCUGAUCACCGUCGUCGCUGGCAACUCCUCACGUAA